GGGAAACACAGUACCACCACGUUACAUGGUUCCUGUACUCAGUCAGACUCACACUGAGAUCCUGCAAAGUGGAGGUUCCCAACCACAAGCACCAAAGCAGAGGGGCAGACAGCACGCACCCGGCAGCCAGAGCACCAGCCCAGCCAUGUUCCCUGAGAUCAGUGAGCGCCAGGAGUUCUCAGUCUCUGACUUAGACUUCUACUCGGAAAACUACAGCUCUAGCUAUGAGUUCGGGGCAGAAUACGAGAAUGGCUCAUGCAGUGAGUCACCGCCCUGCCCCCAGGACUUCAGCCUGAAUUUUGACCGGGCCUUCCUGCCAGUCCUCUACAGCCUCAUCUUCGUGCUGGGGCUGCUGGGCAAUGGCGCCGUGGCAGCCGUGCUGCUGAGCCAGCGCACGGCCCUGAGCAGCACCGAUACCUUCCUGCUGCAUCUGGCCAUGGCCGACGCACUGCUGGUGCUGACCCUCCCCCUCUGGGCAGUGGAUGCUGCGGUCCAAUGGGUUUUCGGCUCUGGGCUCUGCAAAGUGGCAGGCGCCCUAUUCAACAUCAACUUCUAUGCGGGGGCCUUCCUGCUGGCCUGCAUCAGCUUUGACCGCUACCUGAGCAUCGUGCAUGCUACCCAGCUCUACCGCCGGGGGCCCCGGGGUCGUGUGGCCCUCACCUGUGUGGUCAUCUGGGGGCUCUGUCUGCUCUUUGCCCUCCCCGACUUCAUCUUCCUGUCAGCCCACUAUGACGACCGACUCAAUGCCACCCACUGCCAGUACAACUUCCAGCAGGUGGGCCGCACGACUCUGCGCCUCCUGCAGCUGGUGGCUGGCUUCCUGCUGCCCCUGCUGGUCAUGGCCUACUGCUAUGCCCGCAUCCUGGCAGUGCUGCUGGCCUCCAGGGGCCAGCGGCGGCUGCGAGCCAUGCGGCUGGUGGUGGUGGUAGUGGUGGCCUUUGCCCUCUGCUGGACUCCCUACCACCUGGUGGUGCUGGUGGACACCCUCCUGGACCUGGGGGCCUUGCCGCGCAACUGCAGCCGAGAGAGCCAUGUGGACGUAGCUAAGUCAGUCACGUCAGGCCUGGGCUACAUUCACUGCUGCCUCAACCCGCUGCUCUAUGCCUUUGUGGGUGUCAAGUUUCGCGAGCGCAUGUGGACACUCCUCCUGCGCCUGGGUUGCCCUGGCCAGAGUGGGCAACAGAGGCAGCCACCGUCUUCCCGCAGGGAUUCGUCCUGGUCUGAGACCACAGAGGCCUCCUUCUCGGGCUUGUGAGACUAGGCUGGGGGCUCCCCUUUCACCAUGGAGCCUGACUCCCUCACAUUCCAGGCUCCUCCCUCCCUCUGCCCUUGGCCUUGCAACCCAGACAUACACUCCUGGGGUUCCCCGGCAGCCCCAGCACCACCAAGUCUCCCAGGGCACCACCCUCCCUGGCUCUGGGGACUUUGCCCUUACUGUUCCUUCGUUGCCAAGCCCCACCCUGCCCCUUCAGAGUUGGCUGCCCCAAGUCCCACCAGCCUCCUCAUUCAGUAACUAGACCUUGGCCUUCCCCAUAUGCAGGGAGCACGGGGCAAACAGCAUGGUGGAAGCUGCCCCUUUGGGGCCUUGGCCCAGGGCUCCAACCCAGCGGUGACUGCCUGUGGCCCCCAAGACCUCUGUAUUUGCUUGCUGUUACUUUUAUGUCUAAAAUUCUGCCUAAAACUUUUCAAUA